AUGUCGCUCGCGGCCACGCUCAGGCUGCACUUCUGCACGAACGCCGCGCCGCACGUCGAGCACUUGAAGCGCUUGACGCCACCAUCCGCUCACGGCCUCAAACUCGCCCCAAGAGCUUCGCAACUAAGCGCUGAUGUCGCUCGCGGCCACGCUCACGCCGUGGUUGGACAGCAGGUGGCUCCUCAGGCUGCACUUCUGCACGAAACGCCGCGCCGCACGUCGGGCACU